UGACCGCCCUUGACGUGUCCCACGGACCACAGCGACCCACCCACCCAGCGGGGGCGGCGUCAGGCGUGUGCCAUCAACCAAGCUUGAAACUUCUUCCCUUCUCUUUCCCUUCUCCUCCCGCCGCCCUCGCGCUCUCGCUUCCUCUCCACGACCGUCACAACCACCGCCACCGCCACCUCCUCGCGCGGGGGCAACUGUGAGGUGAGGGCGAGGCGGGGCGAUGCUGGCGUGGAAGGAGAAGGUGGCGGACCGUCUCGCCCGCCUGCUCGCCGACUCCCCUGUCUCUCCCUCCCCUGCUCAGGCCGCCGUCGAGCCAUCGCAGGCUAAAUCUUUUCCACCAGAACAUUUUACUCCCCCCAAGACAUCAUCAUUAUCUUCGUAUGUAUUUUCCCUUCUACCAACCUCAAACACAGGGCAUGAGCAGAAUUCACCUUGUUCAGAGACUUUGAGACCAUUACCUCCUGAAUCACUUCCUAAAAAAUGGAGAUGGAGUGAUGUAACUUGGAAAGAUCCUCCCGUGGAAUUGAGUGAGGAGUCUGGGUCUGAAAGUGAUAGAGAUGAAAGGAAUGGGAAUUUUGGUAACGACCCAGUCCUUCAGUCAUAUAGGCCCAUAAAUAACUCAAAUGGCAAUGAGGAAACAUCGACUUCAGAUUGUGUGGGCACUCUUCGUUAUCUAACUGAAAAGUCUAUGUUUGUGUCUCCAAAACUAUUUGCAUUCUUUCAAUCUUCUCUCCCUGGGACUUUGAAGGGGUGCCACUGGGUAUUGCUAUAUAGCACCUGGAAGCAUGGGAUAUCUCUGAGAACACUUCUUCGUAGAAGUGAGAAUAUUCAGGGUCCAUGCCUAUUGAUUGUUGGAGAUAUGCAAGGGGCUGUGUUUGGUGGCUUAUUGAACAGUCCUCUGCGGCCCACAGAGAAAAGGAAAUAUCAGGGAACAAACCAGACGUUUGUGUUCACAACAAUACAUGGUGAACCUAGACUUUUCAGACCAACUGGUGCAAACAGAUUCUACUAUUUGUGCUUGAAUAAUGCUUUAGCAUUUGGAGGUGGUGGAAGCUUCGCAUUGUGUGUUGAUGAAGAUCUGUUACAUGGAAGCAGUGGAUCAUGUGAGACAUUUGGAAACUCAUGUUUGGCAUAUAGUCCAGAGUUUGAACUAAAGAAUGUGGAGUUAUGGGGAUUCACACAUUCAUGGAGCCGAUCGACAUAACCGAUGCUAGUUGUCUUCAUUUGUGACCUGGCAACAGAUGGAAAGGGGCAUGAAAAUGCUAGGUGGAACUGUUAGGGGAAUUCACUGUCACUUGGGGCUGGUUUGGUUUCAAGGGAAUUGGAGGGGAUUCACCAAACCAGCCCUCGGAGAUUUGUACUCCCAGUUCUCUUGUUUGGCUUGUGGAUUGAAUUAAAUAUUGAGAGCUGGACAAGGAAUUCAUAUCCUUCUGUUUGGUGAGUGGGAUUUGGAGUGGUGCCGUAAGUCAUGAUGCGCACACAUCUUCCACUUAAUGCCCAAUCACCACCUAUCUCUGUCUAAACUUCUCAUCACGUCAAUAUUUUCAAACCCAUUAAACCCUUGUCUCGAAUCUUUCCAUUUCCUCCCACCAAUUACCUCUAACCACACACAACGUGGUUAAUCCACUGUACAUGAUCAUUGUAAUGUCUAGUAUUCAUUCACUUGAUUAACACAUUUCAUAUUUGUACAUGCCUCUCUGUUCAGUGUAAUUACUUUGAAUCAA